CGGCAAGGCGGGUGGGUGGUUCUCUCUACCCGUCUGUACGACUUUGACUGACUGUAUGUAGUUGAGUUGCCGCCCAACUGCGACCGAAGAAAAAAAAACACGUCAGUUUGUUAAAUGCGAGAACGCAUCCGGACGCGCGGUUCAUCUCCAUUGUCGAGCCAUGUCCUCCGCAACCCUGCUUCCACCAUGACGACAGCGACGUCAGUGUCCUCGAGAGCAGCGACACCAGCAGCCACCACUGCACCACAGGCCCCGCCACCACCUCCUAAAAGUGGCAAUUGUAACAGUAGCAGCACUGAUGAUGAUGAUAAUGAUUCCGACGACGACCUCGACGUGAUUGCUCCUCCACCGCGCGCUGCGCUGCCUGGCUCGGCCAAACCCGGUGCAAACAAAACGCCAAGCCCAAGCCCGCAACCCAACGGUAGCCCCAGCUCCUCGGGUCGAACCUCGCCGCCGCCGCCGCCACCUCCUACGCGCGUGAGCAGAACCACAUCCCAGGACAACGACCCGCAGCAGCUUCUCCGGGAAAAGGACCAGCGCAUUGCGGCGCUGGAGCGGGAGCUGGACAGCCUGUCGCACAACGAGAGUGAGCGGGCGGCGUUUUGGCAGGUUCAACACAGCAACCUGCACCAGCAGUUCUUGCGGACCGACACGGAGCUGCGGCUGCUGCGGGCCGAGGCCGACCUGCGCGCCGCAGAGCGCGACGAGCUCCGGCAGGACUGGGACGCCGCCCGCCGGGACCUGGCCGCGCGCGAGUGCGAGGUCGUCGACCUCCGCGGCCAGGUCAGGGGCCUCAAGGAAUGGCUGGCCAACAGCACCCGGUCCGCGUACGGCGGCGGCGGGGACGCCCCGGCCGAUGACGUUUUUGCAGAUGGGUUCUCGCGCCUGUACAAUGGCUUACAGAACUGGAUCAUUAGCAACUUUAGGAGGACAAAACUUGACCUCUCGCAUGCCGAUGCGGAUAUACUCGAGGAGCUGAGCUCUUUGGCUCCGACAUACAAGGACCUUGCCAAAGAUACAAAGCUGCCACUGUUGCAGUCGCUUGUCUCGAAGAUACUAGUAGAGAUGGUUUUCGACAGCUAUUUCAUAGGCCUGAGCAAUGACCAGGCCAAGCAGUUUUCCCAAAUGGAAGCAUUGAUGGGAUCAUUUGUUGAAGAUCCAGAGCUGGUUAACCAAUGGCGAGCUACAACACUUACAUUGCUGUCAAGAAACGCUUCCGAAAAGAUGCAAGAAGGAGCAGCUCGUCAGACCAAUGCUAUAAUAGCGCGGAUAAAUCGUCUACUAUCAGGUAUAACAACAGACCAGUCCACAACAGCAGCAGCAUCGACAGUUCAAAAUACCGCCCUGCGCGGCCCAUCCCCAACACCUCUGGACCCUGUAGCCCGGGAAACCUCGCUCCGCCAACUAAUCACCACCGCCAUCGACUUGGCGUGUCAGUUAUCAGUCCAGCGGGCCCUCUUUCGUGUCUUUUUGCCCACCGCAACCGCCGCCAAUGCGGAUAAGCAGACCGUAUUCGACCCGGCGCGGAUGGAGGACGUGGGCGGUCUGCUGGACGAGGAUUCGCUGGCGGCGGGGCCUGCGGUUCGGUGCGCAAUGUUUCCCGGGGUAGUCAAACGUGGCGACGAGAACGGCGGGAAUCUGCAGCAGUACGAAAACGUCAUCUCCAAGGCCAGGGUGUUGUGCUGCCACCCACAGGACUAGAUUGGAACUAUGCGAGAGAAACAACAGAAGACUUUACAGACAUGGAGAUCGCGGCGCGUAGCAGCCCCAACAGGAAACAUCUGCGAUGUCUUGUUAUAAUUUGUACGAGCUUUUUUCUUCUUCUUAUGAUUUGUGGCGCAUUGGGGGCUCAGGGCCAUCCAUUUUCUCAAUGGUUUGCGUUUCUUAACUAGACUUUCGGGGAUCAUAUGCAAGCAUUUUGACGAGCAUUCACAGCAGAGCGAGUUUCUUGGCACGAUAUUGAUGGAGGCCGUUUCACCAAAUCAAAUCAUGUGUAUUGCCUACUAGGUAACUUGGCGACUUGCUCGCCCCUCACGGAACUUCCGUGUACUAUGCAGCAUGUUCUUGCCAGAGGGGGUUUCUCUUGGCAAAUGCAAGCCAUCCUUAGCGCGUGCCUGUUUGACAAGGAUCGAGUUGCUACCUACCGAUAAGAGAGUGGUUGCGUCACGAUACCAUAAUCACGUUCUACCCGCCUCAGAACGAUGUUGUAUCACAACGGACGACUGACUUUAGACGGCGGACUAUCGGCAGUCUAUUCAGCGCCUCUCUAUACUGUCGCUCGGUCAUCCAACGGAACCCGGCUCUUACGGAUUAUGCCACGGCAGUAAUAAAAAGCUACCCAAGAAAACAAGGGGGACAGGUCGGGGGUUGGAUGCUCUGUUGUCCGAUCCUGUUUGGUCGGGAAUGGGUGCCCCCAGAAGAUCCAUGUCACCUGAGCUGGCAAUACCGGCCGGCUCCGUCUAUCUAUUCUUGUUUUGGUCCUUUUUUAGCCUGAACGCGUUAUCGCUUUGCUUCCCUUUUGGUGAAGAGCAGCGCAGAGCCGCACCCGCUACCGUUCAGUGAGCCAUUCCCUGCCUGAUGUUUGGUGGUGGAUGGAUCCCCCCAAGGCAUGCCCCGAGUUCUAUUCUUGCUCAUCUGGCCGAGGUUUACAGAUGGAUGGCAUGUCUUGUUCUUCCCUGAUAGUCUCUUGGGUGUAUACUUUGCAUACAACUAUCUACUUCGUAGGUUCCUUUGCACCUCCUCUAUACUGUCAGCACCCCCCCC